CUGCGCUCGCCUAGCAAAGGUGCACAAGUUGCCAAGUAAACAGAGCGAUAUGAUAGCUCUAACUAUACUUUUAAGUCUUCCGCUGUGUUACGGUGCCCGUAAGUCAUUACUGGACUACAAAGGAAAAGAACAACUGGUCUACCCUGUUAUCGUGGAAGAGCGGUCGACUGCAAGCAAGCUCGUUCUUCGAAUUAACGAUGACAUUACUCUGAACCUUGAAAAAAGUGAGGUACUAUCGGAAAUUCUGAUAUUAGUUACUGCCACCCGGGAAGGGCAUGAAGUCGAAACAGUGAACACAUCUUCUAUUCAAGAGAAGCUCUAUUGCGACAGCAAUGAGCGAUCAUCCCUCAUGGUACAACAAUCAGAUGGAUCUACUCUUGUUGAAGGCGUUGUGAAUAGAAAACUAAGAAUCAAGCCCGUACCCGAAGGAGAGCGUUCAGCACAAGGCCACGUGCUUCAUAGCUUAUAUGAAGUACGAGAAAGGGGCGAAGAUCUGGCGAAGAUGGCUGCAUAUACGCGGCAUUAUCCGCGAACACACGGGAGGGAGCAAUCACCAUAUCGGAGAACCCAUGUGGUCCGUCCCGGAAGACAUCACGUCCCCCAGACUGCAACCACAGUAUCUACAAUUAUCGCCAGACGGCCGGUAGAAAAAUUUGUGGUUGAGCUUUCUAUAAUUUCUGACGAAGAGCACAACCAGAAUUUCAAACACGAAGCGGACUUGAUAACAUAUUUGGCAAUCAUGGUCAAUGCGAUGAAUCUAAGAUAUCUUGAGAUGAGGAUGCCUAGCAUUACAUUCAAGCUUAUUGGAGUAACUAUGAGCAAGGCCGAUGUGUUUGCCAGUCACAUUCUAGGUACCAUAGAAGCGCAUGAAACGCUAAAAAAAUUGGAAAAAUACUACCAAGAAGGCAAGGUUCCUGGAAACCCUGACGUAGUGUACCUCAUAACCAAUCGGGACAUGUCCUCAAUUAAGAGCGGACGUCUUGAUAAGGGUAUAGCAGGACUUGCAAAUGUCGCUGGGGUCUGUACUAAUGAGAGAGUGGCUAUGGGUGAAGACACCGCUCCGUCCUACGACGGCGUCUUCGCAAUGGCUCACGAGCUCGGCCAUUCGCUAGGAGCACGGCAUGACCCCCGGGGAUCAUCAGAGUGCUCGUGGAGACAUGGCUUCCUGAUGAGUUACGAAGAAGGUGGCACGAACAAGUACCGGCUUUCCACGUGCAGUAUGGAUCAGAUAAAGACAACCACAGAGAAGCUACCGGAUGUCUGCAUAAAGGAAUCUGCAGCCAUAACGCGCUAUAUGGAGAAACCUUAUGUCAUGCCGGGCCAGAAAAUAUCUGCACAUGAACACUGCAGAUUGAUCAUGAUAAGAAGUUUGAAGCAGAAGAGGAUCAGAAGCGAAGUGUACGUAGAAAUGCUCCCCGAUCUCGCACACGAGUGUAAGAUGAAGUGCUGUUACAAUGUAGGCCAUCAAAAGUGGUGCCAAAAAGUAGAUAUUUUGGAAGGUAUGGAAUGCACAGAUGGAAAAACAUGCAGGAAAGGUGUUUGUGGAAGUCAUAACUGGGCAGGAAAAUAGCUAUUAAAAGAAGGAGGUCUGCAGUUUUUGGACUAAACUUGGAGCUGAAUCUUCGGUGCUGUUCUUUCCGAGCAUCUUGCUUGCGGAAACCGAUGUUCUCUUGCUUAGGAAUGAGAAUAUUAUACCGUAGUAAUGCAUAUAAUACAACACUAGAGACAAACUUCAAGAAAGAAUUGUGUAUGCAGACAAUACGAAUAAAACAAAUUAGUUUUUUUUUUGUCAAUAUUGAACUGAGGUACAAUUUCAGCCUUAAAAUAUUGUUAUUUGACUAUAAUACAAGAAAAAGCGUCGUAUUAUGCUGAAGGUUGUACGUUAUUUCAUACUAUACACGAGAAAUAACGGUUUCUCAUGAAUAAAAUAAAUAUUUAAGCUGAUUUUUACGCUUGUCAUGCGAAUGGUGUGAACAUCAUGAAUAAAUGCAAGAAAACUUCUGACCA